AUGAGGACAUUAAAAGUAUGGAGAUAUCCUUCACGUGAGGACAUUAAAAAGGCUUAUCAUAAAGUGUCACUUAAAGGGCACCCUGAUAAAAACCCAGAUAAUAAAGAAGCCGAGAGAAAAUUCAAAGUAGCUGAAGCAUAUAAGGUAUUAUCAAGUGAUGAAAAAUGGGACAUUUAAAAUAAAUAUGGCAAAGAAGGAUUAAAUGAUGAAGGCAGAAGUAAUUUUGAUGAUUCUUUUGAGUAUGGCUUCAUAUUCUGUAAGCCAGGUCUUAAAAAACUAUUUCAUAAAAGGGACUCGUUUUCAUUUCAUUUCUUCGAAGACUCAGUUGAAGACCUUUUAAAUAGUCCAAUAAGUUCCUAUGGAAGCAGAAACAGUGCAAGAUGCCUUUUCUCUGUCUCCAGUGAAUAUCCAGUGUGGAGAUUUUUCUCCUAUGAUAUAAGAUAUAUACCAUAUGGUUCACUGGGCCAUGAGGGCAUUAAUUCUUUCUUUCCCCUGGCAUUUGAUGACAGUGGGAUGGUCAACUACAUUUUUUUUACAAUUUCACAUAAAACUGUUAAUGGCAGAAAUACUAAUACAAAAAUUACUGAGAAUGAUAAAAAAAGAUGAGGAUGGUGGCAAGUUGAAGUCUUUCCUCUAAGUUGUGUGGCAGAUAAAGAGGGCUUUGCAGAGGUCUUCUAGCCAUUCAACAAUUACUCACCAAAGUCCCACAGCCCCAAGCACGUAUUUCAAUAUGCUUGUGUGGGAAAUGAUGAGCAAGGUGUACCUUGGGUCACCAGCAACAGGAUCCCUGUUUUCUCAGCAGGACUCGAAGAAGGUGGUAAGAGGGAAAAAAAGCAUGAAGAGGUGCAGAAGUCAACCAAAAGGAAUCAUUAA